UAUGGAUAGAACUGUGCACUUCAGUCGCUGUGCAUGCACAUAGUGACAUAUACACAAAGCUACAUACUGGCUGACCAGUGCUUUGGCACACCCUUUCGUAAUCGCUGUUCUGAAAAAAGUCAUAUUUUCACUGUAGGAAUUGGAACAAGGUGGCUGUUGAAUCGAAAAGCUGAGAAAACUGAAGCACGGACGCUUAUCGACUGCAAAGGACUGUGUAAAAGCUACAGGGUGGGCCAUAAAAACGGUGAACUUAACACGACUGUCAGAAAGUUCCGUCGAUUGCAAAAUGGCCGAGUGGAAAGUUCCGAUUUCCGCGUCGUUGGUGCUUACCAUGCUUCUGGCGUGUCUUCACCGGGCGUACGGCUACCCUUCAGGCGCACCCUCUUCAGCUUGUUCGUCGCUCACACCUGGACAUAUGAAUUCAUCCAGUGGUCAACCCAUCGCUCCUCAGACGUUGCAAAGUCCAUAUGUAAUUAAAGUCCAACCUACGAAAUACACUCCAGGUCAAGUUAUCACAGUUACCAUUGAAAGUUCCAUCGGUUUCCGAGGAAUACUUCUACAGGCUCGCAAGGGUACCACACCUGUUGGUACAUGGCAAGUUGCAGCUGAUUAUAAACAUCUUAACUGCAACAACUCUGGCGACUCACUGACUCAUGUAAACAGCAGUUUAAAGGCAGGAGGUACCCAGUUCAGUUGGACAGCACCCUCUACACUCACAGGAACUGUCAAAAUAAUGGCAACAUUUGCGUUAGAUAGGGAGAUAUUUUGGACAAGACAAUUUGCUUCCGUUGCAGAUGGAGCCGAACAAUUAUCAGGUGGCUGUGCAACCGAACCUUGUGUCGAUGGGCUGUGUUUCCAAGGCGCCAAUUCUUACAUUUGUGAUUGUAACUCAGGAUUUGAAGGCGGCAACUGUACUGAUAAAAUACACAGCCCUUACUGUCAGGACGGAAGUCUUUGUGGUGUUGGAGGCACCUGUUUUCAGCAGAGUAACCCUGUUAGCUCUUACAGAUGCGUGUGCGAAACCGGGUACAGGGGUAUAGAAUGUAUGACUAAAGUGACUUGUAAUGACAACCCUUGUAUAAAUGGUGGAACGUGCUUUAAUAGACAUGCCGGUGUAGGAUAUUUCUGUAGCUGUCCGAGCGAUUUCAUUGGCACAAACUGCGAAGUUCCAGGUAAUGUUGACUGUUGUUUCCAGCUUUCCAGUGUUGUUUCACCUUCUGCUAAAUGUGUCUUCCUAAAGACUUAGGCUGAGUUUGUCAAACCUCCUUCCUCCAUAUAUGUGUAUGCUUUGCAUCUGUUUGAUUUUAACGUGUUUUAAAAGGGACCAUGGUAUGCAAUUAUUUUACUGCAUAUAACCCUUGAAAUUGCACCUUUGAAACCUUCAUGAAAGAACUAAUUAAUGUUCUCAUAUGAGGCUUUUAUAAUCUUAGCUUUGAAAUGAUACAACAAACCU